AUGCGCGAAACCACACGAUUCAACGAUAAUAUUCAGAAGAAGAUUUCGGGGAACCGAAAAUUCAGUCGCAAUCUCCAACGCGUGGAAUGGUUAGUCUUUCAAACGCCGAUACUUCGUACAAUAUUCGAGCUCACCAGCGUGGUUGUCUUUAUGGAGCUCGGACAUCGGCAUAAUUUGUGGUUUAUGUUUGCGCAGCUGUUCGGAUUGAUCUCAAUGUGUAUCGCAUUUUACGGCUGUUACGUUAUCGUACCGCUCGGAAAGGCCAAAAUCACUCCAUAUCGCUUCAGUGCGCUCUUCACAAUUGUCGAUGUUGCUCAAUGCCUCUAUACUAUUCAAAAAUUCUGUUUUGACUUCGCUGCUGCUUUUGAUAUCAUUGAACCGGAUCAACAACUUACCAGCGGAGCCAAAGCACAAUUUUGGGCAUCGUUCAUGCUCACUUGGGAGAUGAUGAUACUAUCUGCGAUCGCAUCCUAUGCGCUGCGUCCUUCCCAUUCAAUAUUCUUUGACAAGUACCCUAUUGUCGAUUCGACCGCUGCUAAUGCUGGUCAGUUUACUUUCCCAAAUACAUCUGCUGUGUGUCGAAAUGAAUAUGUAUAA